AAAGACUAAAGAAAGCAAUUCAAUCAUUCGUAAUUCGUUCUGUGGAUUUUUUAUCAUUUUUUAUUUCAAAUAAUAAUUUUGUGGAGAAUGUGGUAGUAGUAGCAAAUACAUUUAAAUUUUGUUUAUAAUGGCUGGCUUUGGGGAUUUUACUGGAUACAACAGACCUUUUGGUUUAGAUCCUAAUAGAGAAACGAAUGAUUUGUACGAUACCCGCUAUCAGCAGAUUUACGGAUAUCAUACACCUGUAACCGAGGAAUACCAGGGUCCUCCACUGGUAAUGGACGAUAUUCCCGAUGAAGAUAAUAAUGCUUACGUGACGACGGCAAUAAGUGUGGCUAGUCUUAUUACGGAGAAUUUGCUCAGUCAUCCUUUUAUUGUCCUCCGCAGGCAAUGUCAGGUCCACAACAGUUUAAGAAACUAUCAUAUAGUUCCAUACACACUUCUGCCUGUGGUGGCUAGACUUCACCGGAGACAGGAUGUCACUACACUGUGGAAAGGCAUCGGCUCCACUUGUAUUGUGAAAGGACUUAGUCUGGCUGUUGAAGAUGUGGUCACAAAAGCUACUGGAUGGCCCAAGGACGUAGGAAAAUGUAAUUCGGUUUUACAAUUCCUCCAGCACAUAACAUUAAAAUGUGUCAGUCUGGCAAUCAUCACACCAUUUUAUUCUGCCAGUUUAGUAGAAACAGUACAGAGUGACAUAGCCAGUGACAAACCAGCACUUCUAGAUGUGUUCAGGGAAGGUUUUGUUCGUAUCCUGGAAUGGGGAACACCAAGCAGAGGACGAAUGUUGCCAAUUUGGGCAAUUGUACUGCCUACUGCUGCACUUGGUGUCACCAAAUACAUUGCUCAUAUAACUCUAAGGAGUAUAACAGUCCGAAUACUACGGUUCCAACAGAGGCAUCGGCAUGAGUUGAGUGAUUCAUUCAACAUGAGUUACAGCAAACAAUCCCAAAACCCUCUGAUAGAGGACAUUAACCUGAAAGCUGGUAUUUUCUCCUUCAUCACCAUGGAAAUACUUUUCUACCCUGUAGAAACUAUCAUCCACAGGCUUCACAUUCAGGGUACAAGAACAAUUAUUGACAAUCUAGACACAGGAACAUCAGUGACACCAAUCCUAACUGGUUAUGAGGGAUUCAUGGACUGUUACAACACAACCAUAGCUAGAGAAGGUGUGGCUGGUUUGUACAAAGGUUUUGGGGCCCUUGUGUUGCAGCUAGCGGCUCACCUGGCCAUCAUCAAAUUAACAACUAUGGUUGUGUCAGAAGUCUCCAAUCUACUAAAACCAGCCAAGUCACCAACAAACUCAGAUGAGUCUGUACACUCACAACAAAAGUACCUGUUCAAUUAGAGAUAAAUAAUGCCUGUAAAAUUUUAUUGUAAGUGUAAUGUGCAACAUGUAAGUCGCCAUUGAGAUUUUUUUGAUAUAGAAUUUAAUAAAACAUUAUCAGAAUUUAUAUAAACUUUGAUUUUAUUAGAAUCAUUUAGAUAGAUAUUGUCAUAAAUUUGAUUAGUAAUUAACAAAACUUUGGUACAGUACUGGUACAAUGUGGAUGUGGUAUCAGACUAGCAGCUUUGUUUUUUUUUUUUGUUACUUUUUGUAAAAACUAGAUUUAAGUAUAACUGGAUAGCUUUGAUAGAUGUGUAAGCUGGUUAGAAACAAAAAAAUCUGGUUGUUCAAAUGAAAAUAAAAGUUUGGUCUUCA